GGGCGCGCGACUCAGUCGCACCGCGAUCGACAGCGCAACAGCGGCCGGUUCGACUUCCGUCCACCUCACUUCAACUCAGGUGAGCGCCGACAUAUUCCCAAAUCGGUGAUCAGUCGAGACAGCUCGCGCCUUCCUAAUUGACGGUGGUGUAUUGCGGCCCGCGCAUCACAACUCAAAGGGUGUAGACCGCAUACGCUGCGGCCGCGACUCCUCAUCCGCCUGUCGCCCGUGACGCCCGCCACCCGCUCUACUUUCAUUCUCGCCGCAUGUCGCCCGCGUAAAAUCACAACCACAACUCAACACUCCACGCCGGGUUCAAUGAGUGGGGACGCAGAGUAUAUUUCAACAAACUUCAACAUGAGAAAUAAUGUCAAACCAUCGUUCUGGGGCCAGCGAACAAAGCUGGAGAAAAGAUUAAUGCUAUUAGCCGGCGUGGCUACAGUGCUGGCCAUAGCCUUCCUGGCAGCUUUUGUAGCAAGCUUGCUCAUGCGUACCACUGCCGACAUAAAUGACAUGCCACAAACUAGUGAACUAAGACUGUCUUCGUCUAUGCCACCAGCCGUCGUUGCCAAAGAUUCAAAUGUGAAGAUAUGUAACUCCCCAGGUUGUGUACAUACAGCGUCUAAACUGCUUCAAAAUAUGGACGACAAAAUUGAUCCGUGCGACGAUUUCUACGAUUUUGCCUGUGGAUCGUUUGUGAAAAACACUCGUAUACCAGACGACAAAACUUCUGUAAACACUUUCUCCAUCAUUACUGAUCAGCUGCAGGAACAGAUCAGAGCUUUACUAGAUGAACCAAUUGCGGUCGGUGAACCGAGGCCUUUUGUACUUGCCAAAACUUUAUACCAGGCCUGCAUGAAUAGAACUGCAAUAGAAAGUCGAGGUGUUCAACCAUUACUGGACAUGCUACGUAAUCUUGGUGGCUGGCCGGUCCUGGAUGGAAACUCCUGGAAUGACCGUGCCUUCUCUUGGGAGCAGUCAGUGUACAAGUUCCGUGCUGCAGGUUACUCCGUCGAUUAUUUCCUCGACUUCUCCAUCAGCGUUGAUGUCAAAAACUCUACCAAAAGGACCAUCGAUCUGGAUCAAGCCUCUCUUGGUCUAAGUAGAGAGUACCUGAAUCGAGGCUUCAGCGACAAAUUAGUGCAAGCUUACUACGAAUACAUGGUGGAUAUCGCAACUCUGUUAGGAGCCGACCGCAGCCGUGCAGAAGUUGAACUCAAAGAAUCGUUAGAAUUCGAAAUGAAACUGGCAAACAUCUCGUUGCCUUUGGAAAAACGACGUAACGCAACCAGUCUCUACAACCCAAUGACCAUCACACAGCUGCAGGAAAAGUUCCCCAAGAUCCCAUGGCUGGAGUACAUCAACCGUCUGCUAGCUCCACAUGUUACUGUUACCCACGAUGAAAUUGCCAUAGUCAGCGUGCCGAAAUACAUCUCCGAUCUUGAGGUACUACUUGCAAAGACACCGGCCCGUGUUCAAGCUAACUACGUAAUGUGGCGGGUGGCCGGUGCUUCAGUGUCGUACCUAACUGAUGAACUACGACGAAGACAAUUGCAGUACAUCACAGCACUAUCAGGGAAGACUGAGCGCGAGAGCAGAUGGAAGGAGUGCGCCGAUACAGCCAGUGUCAGUAUGUCUAUUGCUGUGGGAGCACUAUAUAUAAGAAAAUACUUUAACGAAAAGUCGAAAGCCAAUGCCUUGGAAAUGGUGAAUGACAUCAGACAACAGUUCCGUAAAACGCUGACAGAAGUGGAAUGGAUGGACGAGAAGACCCGUCAAGAAGCCCUGGAAAAAGCAGAUGCUAUGGAGUCACAUAUCGCCUACCCCAGUGAAAUGCUUGAUGACAACAAACUGACAGAGUUCUACUCUAGCUUGGAGAUGUCUUCAGAUAAACUCAUGGAAUCAGUUUUAAAUCUAACACUCUUCGGUACAGAGUUCUUAUUCAGCAAAUUGCGAGAACCUGUGAACAAAACUGACUGGAUCACCCAUGGACGCCCAGCUAUUGUAAAUGCUUUCUAUUCAUCUAUUGAGAACAGUAUCCAAUUCCCUGCUGGUAUCCUGCAAGGCGCUUUCUUCUCUGCGAAACGUCCGGCGUACAUGAACUAUGGCGCAAUUGGAUUCGUUAUUGGCCAUGAAAUUACUCACGGUUUUGAUGAUCAGGGUCGUCAAUUCGACAAAAAUGGCAACUUGGUAGAUUGGUGGCAAGAAAUGACUAAACAGAAAUACUUGGAAAAAGCUAAAUGUAUCAUAGAUCAAUAUUCGAACUACACCGUCAAAGAAGUUUCAAUGAAGUUAAAUGGUGUCAAUACACAAGGUGAAAACAUUGCUGACAAUGGGGGUAUCAAAGAAGCUUAUUACGCAUAUCAAGCAUGGACACAUAGACACGGCGAGGAAUCGCGUUUGCCUGGUUUAGAAAAAUAUUCACCAAGACAGUUGUUCUGGCUGAGUGCAGCUAAUACAUGGUGCACAGUGUACCGCAAUGAAGCCAUCAAACUGCGCAUAACCACCGGAUUCCACGCGCCAGGUCGCUUCCGCGUCGUUGGCCCUCUAUCGAACAUGGAAGAAUUCGCGUCCGACUUUAAGUGUCCAAUUGGAUCUCCUAUGAAUCCAGUCAAAAAGUGUAAAGUGUGGUAGUACAUUUAUGCCGCCCUCUACUUACCGUUAAAUUGAACUUAGUCGGUAAUCAGGUGCCAACGCGACCUGAGGAUGCGACUGAUCUAUCUGGCGAGCAAAACACAACCAUUUUAUUCGAUAAUACCAAACUCAAACAAAGUCUUCUAAGGGAAUGUUCAUUAUUUAUGAGUACUGAAGUAUUAUUAACUACGUUUCUGUAAUAAUUUUAAUUAACGUAUUAUUAACAAGCCAGCUGGUAGCUCGACAGCUGAUACUGUGCACAAAUGGUUAGUGCAAGUCUGUGAAUGUCCUUUGAAUGUGUAGAUGUCACUGAUGUUUUGGUGUUGUUUAAACUUGUAAAUAAAAUAGCUGAAUUCUGUUUUAUGGAACCUUUUGUAAACAUAAUACUAUGUGUCACGCCGUGAAUAUUGAAAUUCCUUUUGGAUGAGAUUUUAGACUGAGCACCACAUUUUUAUACGACGGGUAUACUUACAUUAUCUGUAGGUUUAAAAGCUUUAUAAAAUCGGUAAUACUUUAUUAUUCAUUUUUUACACAAACAAAUUUUGUACUUACUCUAUACGCUUUGUGCUAGUAUUACAAAAGUUCGUACCCACGCUAUUUAUUAUCUAUAUUUUUUAAAUAAUGUAUAUUGCCAAUUAUAAAAUAGAAUGUUGUUAGACUUUCAAAAUUGGGUAAGAAACAACACAGAUCCAAUAAUAUCUAUGAGAAAAAAUACCAUAAAUAAAUAUAAUAAAAGAUUCCUAAUACUGAUGAGGUACUCAAAAGUAAAUAAUAUAAAUUUUAUCCUUCUGGUUUAGUAUCACAAUUUAUUUCACAAAUAUAAAAUGUGAAAUAGUAUUGAAAAGUUUAAAUUAAAAAAGAAUGUUAAUGGAAAAAUUAUAUUUUAGUUUAUUUUUUUAUUGUUUAGUACUUUGUUUACUUUUCAAUGAAAUAUAUAUUUCUGUUCUUACGUUAAGACAUAAAUUUAUAAAGUAUAUAUAAUAAAUUUGUGUAGCAUAUGCAAUGCCAUCUAGCAUAAUAAUUAUAUUACUAUAGUUCUAGAUGGCGCUGUAAUAGAAAUAUGCGUAACACGACGGCAGAACAGAACAAAAUUUCAAUGAAAAGAUAUAAAAAGAACUAGAUCACCAAUUCACCAGUAGAAAUUAAUACUAAAUUUAUAUAAAAAGUACAAACAUUUAAAAUAUUGCCACUUUUACUAUAUUUGGUGUACCCGGCUACGAAGUGUGUUACUUAAACUUGUAGUGACUUAUUGUAUUAUAUUAAUUGGAUUGUCACAAGUAUUUUAUAUUUAUUAUAAGCUAUGAUAUUAGGUAACAGCGAAACUCGGUGGAACAUCAGGAAACAUUUAAUCUGUAAUCAGGCUAAUCUGUAGCUCUAACUAAAGCUACUAAGGAUUAACUGAAGUUAUGAUGAAUUUAUUUUAUCUGCAAAUGUAAUCUUACUCCAACUUAGAAAGGAUAGCAAAGUUCAUUUGUUCCAAUAGCCAUUACUCUAAUAAUUAAAAAGGGUAUCGAAGGAAUACCUGUCCUGUCCCUUUGUGGGAUAAACCAAUAGUGAUAAUUUAAUUUUAGUAUAAGUACCUAGUUAAGUAUAACAGUUUGGAUACAAUCGUAUUGUUGUAAAUCAUUGAAACACCAAUAUAAGGUCUUUUUAUCA